UUUACGUUGUCCUGUUCACGAUCGAAGCACGUAACUUCUUAAUAAGGAUUCAUGUCAUUGAGGAAAUUUUUUGUCCUGAAAAUAUGCUGUAAGAAUCUUAGACCUGCGUACGCAAAUUUGAUGCAUUCGUAUUACAUGUGUUUAUUUGAUUUGCAGUUGAUUGACCCAGUUGACAAGACAGCGGAGAGAGACCUUUCCCUUGUUAAAGAGUUGGGACUCAAGUUAAUUUAUGCUAUGAACACGCAUAUCCAUGCUGACCAUAUAACUGGCACUGGCCUCAUAAAGACCAAGGUUCCAGGUGUGAAAUCUGUCAUUUCUGAAGCAAGCAAAUCAAAAGCGGACCUCCUGAUUCAAGCUGGUGAUAAGAUAUAUUUCGGUGACCUGUUUUUGGAGGUUGGACCAAAGCAGCUUGUUACUUAUAUAAUUAGUUUUUUACAAAGUGGAGCAGAGAAGCUUGUUGUUUCUGUUGUUAUUUUAUUUUAUGGAGAACUAUAUUAUACAGAAGCAUGCAUACUUGUUUCUGUUACCAAAGAAAUUGAGAAUAUUAUUAGGUUGUGAAAAAAUCUUAGGGUGAAUGUCUGUUCAUAUGCAUGGUGAAGCAGUAGCCAUACUAGUUCCCAGUUUCUUUCUUGAAUCUUGAGCACUGUUUCAGAAUAGUCCAUCAUCUAUUUGUUGAGCCUGCUUAGUUUUCAAUCUACAUGAUUUAUUUAUUUGUU